UUUGGCUCUUUCUUUCGAAACCGUCUACUUACCUCCGUAUUGCUCUCAUUGUCUGCGAUACAUCGCCUGUUGCUGAUGCCCCCAACACUUCCCCCUAUCUCGGCGGCCAAAACACGUCUCGCGCCACUCGAUGCAGAACCUGAUGGUGCAGGAAGAAAGAGCUUACUGCAACUCAUUCGUGGCUUCAAUAUGUUCUCCGUGCUCCCAGAUGAGAUGGUCCUCGCGAUCUUCGCCCAAUACCAUCCUCGCUAUCCGGACUGCGCGCCGCAGAAAGGUGACGGCUCUCCCAUCCAGCUGAUGCUAGUGUGUCGACGAUGGCGGGACUUGGUCAUCAACACGUCGAACUUUUGGAGGGGCCUCUGGAUUAAUGAAGAAUGGUCUCGGUACAGGGUUCCGACGGAGAGCGCGAGAGAGGAGCAAGACAAGAUAGAUCUAUGGCUUUCCCGCGCAAAGGACCACCUGCUGUCUGUCCGCCUCACCAGCGAGCCGUCAGCGCGGGGUCACAACUACAUCGUGGAGGCCCUUUCCAGGUCCCGUGAGCGCUGGGAAUACGCCGAGCUCGUCAUCUGGGGCGAGAGCGAUCUUCCGCUUCUGAUUGGCCCUGCCCCGCAUCUCCGCGAGCUUGCGCUUGAUAUAGCGGGUGAGGUCCCCGUGGAUGGCACACCGUUCUUUGCAUACGACAUGACGCCCGUUCUGGAAAGGGUAGUUGUCUGCCUGAGCUCGCCCGGGUUCUCCCUGACACUCUCCACGGACAAUUUUGUGUUGUCGCAGACGCGCUGGAGGGAACUGCCGUCGGUUACUUUCAUUCGCGAUCAGAUGGCGCAGAUACGCCCCUUCUUGACUAGCCUUUGUGCAUUCGAUUCGUUGGUUCACUGUCGGAUGGUGGGCUCGGGCCCGUUCCACGGUUACGAAAACUUGAAUGUAGAGGAACCGACCAAAGUCUGCCACAGGCUCCAAUCCUUGAUUCUGCAAGGCCAUUCGCUCGGCCAGGGAUUCAGAGAAGAACGAGAGCCCACCAUGACAGGAUAUCUGGAAACAUUCGUCACGCCUUCCCUCCUCAGGCUGCAGGUGCCAGAACCAUUUCUCCUCCCCGACCCUGUGGAGACAAUCCGACGUUUCAUCGGGAAAUCCAAGUGCACCCUGCGCGAGUUGUGCAUUACUAGUAGUAGUGCGGAACCGGUCGAGGCGACUUUACGGAACUAUCUGACGGCGUUCCCAUCAAUUCCCUCAAUUGUGGUCAAGGAGGAAGACGAUACAUGGCAGGAUCCGCAGCACUAUAUCCCUGGCCCGGGGCUUCUGGAGGGGGGAGUUGUUUACUAA